AUGAAUCCAUAUAUUCGACGGAGUCGAGAUAUGAGUGUUCGAUAUUGUGACAUCGAUAUAGACAACAAGAAGCUGCCACCGGUGUACGGUCAUCUCAGUUCACCACUGGUGCCAUUGGAAGUUUCACUCGAGAAAAUAAUACCACUCAUCGAUAAUCUCCAACGCUAUGUUAAAAUCGCUAAACAACACUGUUAUUCGUCCGACCAUCUUACAAAAGAGGAAUCAGCUGCCUUGUAUUUGUACUCGAUGGAGCGGGGUGAUCGAAGCUUUUAUCGCGUAUUGAACAAAGCACUACGAGAUGAAAAUCGUGCAGCAUUAAAACCAUGGUUUCCAUACUUGAAACUGCUUGACACUGCUCUUAACAAACUACCAUCUAAGAAGCUACCUUUAUGGCGUGGUGUCGAUGCUGACGUGAGUAGCAGCUUUCAAGAAGGACAACUACUGACAUGGUGUUUCGGCUCAUCAUCGAUAGUAGCGAAGAAGAAAGUGAUCUUAGCUGAUAGUGCUAGCUAUGACGGUGAUACUGUGAACGAUGUACCAAACGGCACAGGUGUAUGUGCAUGGCCGACUGGAACGCAUUAUACUGGGAAAUGGCAAGGUGGCAAAAAGCACGGUCGAGGAGUUCAAACAUGGGGCAAAGAUACGGAUUGGUUCGGAGAUCGAUAUGACGGCGAAUGGCAAGAUGGCAAAAUGCACGGUCAAGGAGUUUACACAUACGCGAAUGGGGACAGGUAUGACGGCGAAUGGCUAGAUAGCAAAAUGCACGGUCGAGGAGUUUACACAUACGCGAAAGGGGACAGGUAUGACGGCGAAUGGCAAGAUGACAAAAUGCACGGUCGAGGAGUUUGCACAUGCGGGAAUGGGGACAGGUAUGACGUGAAGUACACUAACGGUGAACAAAUUUCGAAGAAGUGUCGGACCGCUUACUGAUUGUGACGUCUUGUCUAAUGCAUACUCCUCCUGUUGCAUUUGAUCCACACUCUUGAACUGAGAUAUGUCUGUAGAGGUAGGACUUCAAAAGAAAAUUAACAAUUAGUGCCGAAACCUACAGAAUUAUAAUUUGAAGACGAAAGAAUUAAUUUUUAAGAACAUUGUGUAUUUUCUGUAAUUAUUACAAAUAUUAUUUAACUUCGGUGUUA